UGUCGCUCAGGACUCCAGGCUGAAGGAGAACACAACUCAACAGAGCCUGGUGUUAGGCUGGUGGGAGGAGAGAGUCGCUGUGCAGGAGCUCUGGAGGUGGAACAUCGGGUAGAAUGGAGACCAGUGGAGGACUCUAGCUCUCUCUGGAACCUGAAGGCAGCAGGUGUCGCCUGCAAAGAGCUCGACUGUGGCUCUGCUGUUUCUGUGGGACUGAGAAAGGAGUCCUCAAAGAGACCUGUGUGGGUGAUCAGACCUGACUGUCUUGAGUCUGGAUCUGCUCUGAGGGAGUGUGCACAAUCAUCUUCCUCUAGAGACAUCCUGACUCUCACCUGCUCAGACUCUGUCAGGCUGCUGGGGGGGACUGGUCUGUGCUCAGGCAGACUGGAGGUGAACUCUGACCAGUCUACCCAGUCUAACCCGUCCUGGUCCUCAGUGUGUGAGGCUGACUUUGACCAGCAGGAUGCUCAGGUGGUCUGCCGGCAGCUCGGCUGUGGGGCUCCUUCAGUCCUCCAGGGGGCGCUCUAUGGAGAAGGGGAGGCUCCAAUGUGGACCAAAGAGUUCCAGUGUGGAGGCCAUGAGUCUGCUCUCCUGGACUGUAGCUCAGCCUCAGAGAGAAACACCUGCUCACCUAGCAGAGCUGUUAGCCUCACCUGCUCAGAGCCUGGUGGUGUUCAGCUGGAGGGAGGAGAGAGUCGCUGUGCAGGAACUCUGGAGGUGAAACAUGACGGAGAAUGGAGACCAGUGGACGGCUUUUACUCUCUCUCUUUCUGGACCCUGAAGGCAGCAGCUGUUCUCUGCAGAGAGCUCGACUGUGGCUCUGCUGUUUCUGUGGGACGGAGAGAGGGGUCCUCAGAGAGAUCUGUGUGGUGGAUCUUUCCUGACUGUGUUCAGUCUGGAUCUGCUCUGAGGGAGUGUGCAGCAUCAUAUUCCUCUCCCCACUUCCUGAAUCUCACCUGCUCAGACUCUGUCAGGCUGCUGGGGGGGACUGGUCUGUGCUCAGGCAGACUGGAGGUGAACUCUGACCAGUCUACCCAGUCUAACCCGUCCUGGUCCUCAGUGUGUGAGGCUGACUUUGACCAGCAGGAUGCUCAGGUGGUCUGCCGGCAGCUCGGCUGUGGGGCUCCUUCAGUCCUCCAGGGGGCGCUCUAUGGAGAAGGGGAGGCUCCAAUGUGGACCAAAGAGUUCCAGUGUGGAGGCCAUGAGUCUGCUCUCCUGGACUGUAGCUCAGCCUCAGAGAGAAACACCUGCUCACCUAGCAGAGCUGUUAGCCUCACCUGCUCAGAGCCUGGUGGUGUUCAGCUGGUGGGAGGAGAGAGUCGCUGUGCAGGAACUCUGGAGGUGAAACAUGACGGAGAAUGGAGACCAGUGGGGGGCUAUCUCUCUCCCUGGACCCUGAAGGAAGCAGGAGUCGUCUGCAGAGAGCUCGACUGUGGCUCUGCUGUUUCUGUGGGACGGAGAGAGGGGUCCUCAAGGAGAUCUGUGUGGAAGAUCAACUCUGACUGUGCUCAGUCUGGAUCUGCUCUGAGGGAGUGUGCAGCAUCAGAUUCCUCUGACUACUUCCUGAAUCUCACCUGCUCAGAUAAGCUGUUUUUGCCCAACAUCUCUGUGUCCUCCUCCUUGUACGGGGUCUCCGGGGCCCAGCAGCAGGGGUUCCAGGUGUUCAGAGGCUCCACCUUUACCAUCAGUUGCUCCAUCCAGCCUCAGUACCCAGGAGGCUCCUUCCAGCUCAGCUCCUCCACUCACAACUACACCCAGCCAGCUGUCAAUCACUCUGCCCACUUCCUGUUCCCGGCUGCAGAGCCCGCCCACCAGGGAAACUACAGCUGUGUUUAUCACAUCUCUGCUUUUCCUCAGGACUUCUCCUCUGAGAGCCGUCUGCUCUCCGUCACCGUCACAGGUGUUCGAUCAGAUCCAGAACCUUUUAUCAUCCGAGCCGCCGUUCUGCCGCUGACUCAGCUGCUGGUGACCAUCGGCCUUUACUUCUACUGUAAGUCCACCAGGGGGCGGAGGCCGAGCCGACAGGAGGACAUUGAGCUGGAUUACCUGGGUGUUCCUGCUGAAGAGGAAGGAGCUCAGGGAGCAGAGUAGCAGCUCCAAGGAGCUCCUCUCACACACAUGGGUUUAUCAGCUCUUAUAGCUUUUAACCAACGUUAGAAAAUAUAGCUUUUACUCUGAAAGUCACCAGCAAUGUGUUAGUGCCUCAUGUUUCCUGACUUCCUGUCAGCUCCAAGCCCAUUGGUUCCCACUGAAGAUGAAGAUCUUUAAAAAACAUCACAAGUUAGUUUUAUUUUGAAAAGUCAAUGCAGUCGGUGCAGUUUGAAACCACAGACACACCAACCCAGGCCGCUCAGGAACAAAGUUGGCCAAUUAAUGCCAUAUAUUAAUGUUCAAAUAUCCUCGAAAAACAGUGUUACAAUACCCAGUGUUUGAAUCUAAUGUAGUGAUUCCUGAGAUAACAGGAGGAACGCGUUACAGCGCCACCUAGUGUUGGAUUUGUAGACCUCGAGCACAACAAGUUUUUUUGUUAUUCAAUCAACAAAUAAGAAAAAGUACAGUUUUUAAAAUGUUACGUUUUUCACAACAAUUCAUCUGAUCAGCGAAAUGGGACAUUUGAUCCCCUUGUGGGUCACAUGGGUCAUUUUAGCAGCAGGACCAGAUUUAGCUGAAC